AUGCCAUUAACUAUUAUACCAAUGAGUGAUAAUUCUAUUAUAAUACCUGAUAUAAAACAUCAACAAUCCGAUGAUGAUGAUGAUGAUGAUAAUGGUAAUGAUAAAAAUCUAAUAAAAUCAACUGAAAAUGGUCAUAAAUUACUAAAUACAUCAUUAUCAAGAAAUACAAAAUUACUUUCACGUUCUCCAUCACCAUCACCUCGUUCAAUAUCAUCAGGUCCACCAGAUCGUUCAUUAAAUCAAAAAUUUCAUGUAGCUGCUUUAACAGGAAAUUUAAAUACUUUACAAGAACUUGUUAGUAAAGCACGUAUACCAAUUGAUUGUCGUGAUAAAGAAAAUUCAACAGCAUUAUUACUUUCAUGUGCACGUGGACAUUAUUUAUGUGUUGAUUAUCUUUUAAAUAAUGGUGCCGAUCCAAAUGCUCGACGUAUAACAGGUGCAACACCACUUUAUUUUGCUUCAUUAUAUCAUCAUACACGUAUUGUUGAACUUCUAUUAAAUAAAUAUAAAGCUAUUGUUGAUUUAUCAACAUUUGAUGGUUCAACACCAUUACAUGUGGCAUGUGAACGUGGUUUUACUGAUAUUGUUCAAUUAUUAAUUAAUUCACAAGCAAAUAUAAAUGCAAAAAUGAAUGAUGGUACAACAGCUAUAAUGCUUGCAUGUCAAAAUGGACAUUUAUCUGUUGUACAAAUGCUUAUAGCAACUGAACAAUGUAAUAUAAAUAUACAACGUUUAGAUGGUAUAACACCAUUAUUUCUUAUUAUUCAAAAUGGACAUGAAACAAUAUUUGAUUAUAUGAUUGAUAAUAUUGAUAAUAUUAAUAAUAUUAAAGAAACAAUUGAUUUAGCACGUGAAGAUGGUGCAACACCAUUAUUUAAAGCAUGUCAAAAAGGAUAUGAAUCAUUAGUUAAAAAAUUGCUCAAAUAUAAACCAAAACUUGAAUUACUUAAAAAUGGAGAAUCAUGUUUACAUGCUGCAACUAUGUUUAAUCAUGCAUCAAUUGUUCAAAUGUUAAUUGAUAAUGGUGCUAAUCCAUUAUUAAAUAAUUGGGAAGGUAUGACAGCUGUUGAUUUAGCUAAAGAAGCUCAAUUAAAAGAUAUAAUGGAUAUAUUAAUGAAAGCAUUAGCACCAAAAUUAAGUGAACAUGCAAGACAAUAUUUAUUACAUAAAAGUACAAGACGAACUGAUGCUGAUUUUGAUUUAGAUUUAGUUGAACAUGAAGAACGUGAUGAAUGGAAAUUAUAUAAAAGUUUAAAAUCAGCUGCUGAACUUGAACGUUUAGAAGAAGAAAUUGAACAAACACCAGUUCUUCCUGAUAUAUCAACAACAAAAGGAAAACAAACUGGUAGUAAUCGACAAAAAUCAAUGAGACCACAUCGAUAUCAUACAACAUCACAAAAAUGA